AUGAAAAUUCCUAGUUUAUAUUUUUUCUUUUUUAUUCAAAUUGCAAUAAUAUUAACUAUUGCAGCUCCUUCAGAUGAUGAACCUUGUAAAAAUGGUUAUUUAAUAGAGAUGAGCAAUCAUAUUGAGUGCAAAUGUAAUAAUGACUAUGUAUUAACGAAUCGUUAUGAGUGUGAACCAAAAAAUAAAUGUACAAGUUUAGAAGAUACAAAUAAACCUUGUGCUGACUAUGCUAGAUGUCUUGAGGAUCCAUACAAAGAUAAUAAAAGUAAUUUUUAUUGCCUAUGUAAUAGAGGUUAUAUUCAAUAUGAAGAUAAAUGUAUUCAAGCGGAAUGUAAUUAUAAGGAAUGUGGAGAAGGAAAAUGUGUAUGGGAUGGAAUACAUGAGGAUGGUGCAUUUUGUUCAUGUAAUAUUGGUAAAGUCAUAAAUCCAGAAGAUAAUAAUAAAUGCACAAAAGACGGAGAUACUAAAUGUACACUAGAAUGUGCACAAGGCAAGAAAUGCAUAAAACAUGAUGUGUAUUAUAUGUGUGGUAAUGAUAAUUCUGGGUCUGGGUCUGGUGGUGGUGGUGGUGGUGGUAACAGCCCACCUCCUAGCAGUGGUAAUAGCACCUUAUCCCUUUUCAAUGCAUUAAAUAUAGUUUUCUUAAUAGCUGUAAUUUAUAUCAUUUAA